AUGAACCAUGAUCAUGCGGCUAGCUCGCCUGGCCCAAGUCCUGAUGAAACCCCCAUGCCGCAGCUAGACGACGACGAUACCGCAUCCAUUCCAACUCACAACGGCCCUACGCCGGUAGGUGCCUUUCAUCAUGGAGAGUCUCAGCCUCCUUCGCCGUCUCGCUCGCGCCGACGACGCAAGAAGAAGAACAAGAAGGAGCGCCACCCCGGCUUGGUCAAGAAGCUCUCCUUUGUCACGCAUCUCCUCAAGUCUCUCGAUUUGCUCGUCUUUGCAGAGAUAAGCAGCUUAUACUACAUGGAAUGCUCCAUGUUUCGGCUACUUUUAAGGGCGGUCGGCCAGUACAUGUACCUUACGCCCAAGGACGAGAGCAUACCGUUCUUCAUGCCUUCUGGUCGGUUGCACGUCCUACUCGUCUUGAUUCCGAAUCUCCUCUGCAUGAUCUUCCAUCUAUUUGCUUCCCUUCCGCAUGGACCCGAAUUUCAUCGAGGCUACCAGCAUGGAGGGCUCAUCAUCGAUUUCGUCGGACAGCGGCCUGCGACGUCAAGACUCUACUACCUGGCGGCGGACAUCACGAUACUUGCUGUUCAAUGCUUGAUGCUCGCAAUUCACACGCAGCGAGAGCAGCUACGCGUCGCGCUCAAGACCUUCCGGCCCAUCUUGCCGGAAUUCGCAGAGGAGAUGCAGGCCGCUCUGCUGCCCGUGCAAGAUCUAGAUGCAGAGGAACGAGGCGUCUCGCUGCACGACCCUGACAUCGCUUUCUCGGGUUUAAACGACGCUGCAACGGAUGAGAAUGGCAACGUUGAGAUGCAGCUGCUGGAUGGAUCGCGCGAGCAGGGGGGCGGACAAGGGCAGCAUGGCGAGGCAGCAGCAUCGUUGCAACGCGGUACAGGGCAAGGCUGCCCCAGGGCUCAGCUGUCAGACGUGAUGAACUCGGGCAAUGCCGUGCUGGGCAACUAUUUUGUUGUCCAGUCGGUUUUGUCGGCAGCUUCACUACGGACGCUAAGCUACGGAGCCGCUCUGGCUACGUUGCAAGCUAGGAGGAGGGCCGUGGUUGCGCAAACUGCCACGAUACGGCCGAAUAGAUGA